GCUGUGCUGUGCUGUGCUGUGUCGUGCCGCACUGCAGUCUCUUGUUCCUUGACUCUUCUCCUCACGUGGUUCGAGCGUGUCAGUAUGAUGGUGAUCCUGCUGAACUGUGUGACUCUGGGGAUGUACCAGCCCUGCGAGAACAUUGACUGCUCUUCACAGCGCUGCCAAAUGCUGCAGGCCUUUGAUGCGUUUAUCUAUAUUUUCUUUGCUGUUGAGAUGGUGGUGAAGAUGCUGGCUCUGGGAAUAUUUGGCAAAAAGUGUUACCUGGGAGACACCUGGAACAGACUGGACUUUUUCAUUGUAAUGGCUGGGAUGGUGGAAUAUUCACUGGACCUGCAGAACAUCAACCUAUCAGCGAUCAGGACCGUCCGGGUCCUCAGGCCGCUCAAAGCCAUCAACAGGGUGCCUAGUAUGCGGAUCCUUGUGAAUCUCCUGCUCGACACUCUCCCCAUGCUGGGCAAUGUCCUGCUUCUCUGUUUCUUUGUGUUUUUCAUUUUUGGCAUCAUUGGAGUUCAGCUGUGGGCUGGAUUGCUGAGGAACCGCUGUUUCUUACAAGACAACUUCACCCAAUCCACGGGUAUCUCCCUCCCUUCCUCAUACUACCAGCCCGAUGAAGAGGACGAGACUCCUUUCAUUUGCUCUCUGGCCGCGGAUAACGGCAUCAUGUCCUGCGGGGACGUCCCCGCGAGGAGGGAGGACGGGAGGGAGUGCUGUCUGGACAAAGACGACUACCUUCACCUGCUGGCGCUCGGAGGUCCGGAGCUCCUCAGUAACUCCAGCGCCUCUCUGGGCUGCGUGAACUGGAACCAGUACUAUACCCAGUGCCGGACCGGCGACACCAACCCGCACAAGGGAGCCAUCAACUUCGACAACAUCGGAUACGCCUGGAUCGUCAUCUUCCAGGUGAUCACGCUGGAGGGCUGGGUGGAGAUCAUGUACUAUGUGAUGGACGCGCACUCCUUCUACAAUUUCAUCUACUUCAUCCUGCUGAUCAUCGUGGGCUCGUUCUUCAUGAUCAACCUGUGCCUGGUUGUGAUCGCCACGCAGUUCUCGGAGACGAAGCAGCGGGAGCACCAGCUGAUGGAGGAGCAGCGGGCGCUGUGCCUCUCCUCCAGCACAGUGGCGAGCUUCAACGAGCCGGGAGACUGCUACGAAGCCAUCUUCCAGUACGUGUGUCACAUCCUGCGCAAGGCGAAACGCAGGACCGCCUGGCUGUACUCCGUGCUCAGAGGGGGCCACCCCGGCCCCGUCCACCGGAGGAGGAGACAGAACAAAGUGGGCGUCAACGGCAACGAGAGGCAGCCCGACGCGCUCUGCCCGCUGGAACACACCACCCAGACCACCGCGGCUCCCAUCGCCCUGACGAUGACCUCCGACCCCGACAGCUGCCCCCGCUGCUCCCCCGUGGGAGGGAGGGGGGGCGACGGGAGCGAGAGCGAGGCUGCGGAACGCUCGGGCGAGGAGGGAGGCCAGCCAGGGGAGCGGGAGGAGGAGGAGGAGGAGAGGAAGAAGAAGAGAAAGGGAUGCGCCCGGUGCAAGGAACUCUGGGACGGGAUGAGGGUGAAGCUGUGGGCCAUCGUGGAGAGCAAGUACUUCAACAGAGGGAUCAUGAUGGCGAUUCUCAUCAACACCAUCAGCAUGGGAAUUGAACACCACGAACAGCCGGAAGAGUUGACCAACGUCUUGGAGAUCAGCAACAUUGUCUUCACCAGCAUGUUCGCCUUGGAAAUGAUCCUCAAACUCACCGCGUUCGGCUUUUUCAACUACCUUCGAAACCCCUACAAUAUCUUCGAUGGGAUUAUCGUUAUUAUCAGCGUGUGCGAGAUCAUCGGCCAAUCAGACGGCGGCCUGUCGGUGCUCCGGACGUUCCGUCUCCUCCGGGUCCUCAAGCUGGUGCGUUUCAUGCCGGCGCUGCGUAGACAGCUCGUGGUCCUGAUGAAGACCAUGGACAACGUGGCCACCUUCUGUAUGCUGCUGAUGCUCUUCAUCUUCAUCUUCAGUAUAUUAGGGAUGCACAUCUUUGGAUGCAAGUUCAGCUUGAAGACGGACUCUGGAGACACGGUCCCCGACAGGAAAAACUUUGACUCUCUUCUGUGGGCGAUUGUCACUGUCUUCCAGAUCCUGACCCAGGAGGACUGGAACGCAGUUCUCUAUAAUGGGAUGGCCUCCACCUCUCCCUGGGCUUCCCUCUAUUUCGUGGCUCUCAUGACUUUCGGAAACUACGUCCUGUUUAACCUGCUCGUCGCGAUCCUGGUGGAGGGCUUCCAAGCAGAGGGGGACGCUAAUAAAUCCCACUCUGACGACGAGCAAUCGCUAUCAAACUUCGACGACAGCGAAAAACCAAAAGAUCCGCUAAACGUGUCAGAUCCGAAACUUUGCACUUUGACCUCCAAUGGGUACCUUGACCCCUGCCCCUCUGGGGUCGUGACCUCUGGGAGGCCGGCAUUCCCCCCCGAAAAAUUACACUUUGCCUGGGGGUCUAGGAAGAGUAGCAUCAUUUCACUGGGAAAAUCCGAAAGAUCUUUGCACAGUGCCCGCAAUCCCCUCCACCACCACUGGGGGCACUCUUCCUCCUGGGGCACCCGGAGGUCCAGCUGGAACAGUGUGGGUCGGAUCCCGGGGCCCAGCCGGUCCCAGAUCCAGCCCGAACAGGAGUGCCUCCUCGCGGGGCAACCGGACGUUCGCCUGCACCCCAAUCCCAGCGCCCCUCGCCCGACCUCCCUGCUGUCUCGCCAGCUCUCGAACCCCUGCCUUCGCAGAGACAGGAGGGCCUUGUCGCUGGAGCUCCCCGAAUUGCUCCGGGUGCCCGGGACGGGGUCGUCUUUAUCCGGGACGUCCCGGAAGAAGAGUUUUUCGGGAGUGGCUGGGUCCCCGACGGGGGAACACCGGGGCUGUAAUGGAAAAACCUCGCCUGCCUCUCAGCUGGUCGGUGAAGUGUUUCCAAAACUGAACACGAAAAAGGAGAGGGAGGAAUACGAAGAGGAGAUUGAUUAUAGCCUCUGCUUUCGUAUUCAGAAGAUGAUGGAGAUUUACAAGCCAGACUGGUGUGACACCAGAGAAGACUGGUCCGUCUAUCUCUUCCCCCCACAAAACCGGUUUCGGGCUCUGUGUCAGACCGUGAUAACUCACAAGAUGUUUGAUUACAUGGUGCUGGCUUUCAUUUUCCUGAACUGCAUCACGGUGGCGCUAGAGAGACCCGAAAUACCACCGCGCAGCCUGGAAAGGCUGUUUCUGACGAUUUCCAACUAUAUUUUCACUGCAAUAUUUGUGGCUGAAAUGACGCUAAAGGUUGUGGCUAUGGGUUUGUACUUUGGAGAACAAACCUAUCUUCGGAGCAGCUGGAACAUUCUCGAUGGAUUCCUGGUCUUUGUGUCCCUGAUUGAUAUUGUGGUUUCCAUGGCGUCGGCGGGCGGAGCUAAGAUCCUGGGGGUCCUGAGAGUUCUGAGACUGCUGCGCACACUGCGCCCCCUCAGGGUGAUCAGCCGGGCUCCAGGGUUGAAGCUGGUGGUCGAGACUCUCAUCUCCUCUCUCAAGCCCAUCGGGAACAUUGUGCUCAUCUGCUGCGCCUUCUUCAUCAUCUUCGGGAUCCUCGGGGUGCAGCUUUUCAAAGGCAAGUUCUUCUACUGCCUGGGAGCCGAUCUCAAGAACGUCACGAACAAGUCUGACUGCCUCGCCGCCAACUACAAGUGGCUCCAUCACAAAUACAACUUCGACAACCUGGGCCAGGCUCUGAUGUCUCUGUUUGUUCUGGCCUCGAAGGACGGCUGGGUGAACAUCAUGUACCACGGACUGGACGCAGUGGGAAUUGAUCAGCAGCCCAUCAUUAAUCACAGCCCCUGGAUGCUGCUGUAUUUCAUCUCCUUUCUCCUGAUUGUCAGUUUCUUCGUGCUCAACAUGUUUGUCGGUGUCGUGGUGGAGAAUUUCCACAAGUGCCGCCAGAACCAGGAGGAGGAGGAAGCUCAGAGGAGAGAGGAGAAGAGGCUGAGGAGACUGGAGAAGAAACGGCGCAAAGCCCAGCGCUUGCCGUACUAUGCCAGCUACUGCCCUGUGCGCCUCUUCAUCCACUCCCUCUGCACAAACCACUACCUGGACCUCUUCAUCACCUUCAUCAUCUGCAUCAACGUGAUCACCAUGUCACUGGAGCACUACAACCAGCCUCGCUCUCUGGAGAUCGCACUGAAGUAUUGUAACUACUUCUUCACCACCACCUUCGUCCUGGAGUCUAUAUUGAAACUCGUGGCUUUUGGGUUCAGAAGAUUCUUCAAAGACAGGUGGAAUCAGCUAGACCUGGCGAUCGUGUUGCUGUCAGUGAUGGGCAUUACUCUUGAGGAAAUCGAAAUGAAUGCCGCCCUGCCCAUCAACCCCACCAUCAUCCGCAUCAUGAGGGUGCUCCGAAUUGCUAGAGUUCUGAAGCUUUUAAAAAUGGCAACGGGGAUGAGGGCGCUGCUGGACACUGUCGUACAGGCUUUACCACAGGUGGGGAAUCUGGGUCUGCUGUUCAUGUUGCUGUUCUUCAUCUACGCUGCCCUGGGGGUCGAACUCUUUGGAAGGCUUG